AGCCGCAGGGGUAAGGUGGGGACCUUGCCCCCGCGCCGGGAGUAGUAUGGCUGGGCAGCCCCCGCGCCCUCGCCCCCGUCAGAACCGGGCCCGGGCUGAGCUGCCUCCGCCCCCGCCCCGGUCGGAACCCGGGCCCGGGCUAAGCUGUCUUAAGGAUCUCCAUGCUCCCCCUCCAGCUUCCUGCCCCCUCUGCCCUGCGUUGACGGGGCCUUAGGGAGCCGGGAGAUAGACAUGAGUUCAGCUGAGCUGCACCACCCACCCCCGUUUUCUGCUAAUACUGCCUCCUCACUCUACCAGAGCGUUGGCGUGCCAGCGAGGGAGCAUGGCCUGAGCUCCUUCCCCAGUACCCUCUCUAUGCCUGCCCCCAACUGUCUGCUGCUGCCUUCUCACUGUGCUGGCUCCUUGCAGGGACACUGUCUUAUUCUCAGUACCUGGAUAUGGGGGCUGGAUUUUUUUUUUUCCUCAGUAGGACAGCAAUAGUGGGACUUGCACUGGACUGCAUAACCCCUCUCAUCUGCCUAGCGACGUACCAGCAGACUUUCAAUGCAGUCCUCCUCCAAAGUCAGUAUGGGAUGCUGAGCGAGAGGAGCUGUAUCACAAGCUGAAAAGGUUGAAGAGCUCAAAUUGAUCUUCCCAGGAACUGAGGUGUUUUCUCAGAGCCCCGACAAUGCCGUCUAAUAAGUCUGUCUCGGAUGCUCCAAUCUUUCAGUUCACUAACUGCCGGAUAUUGAGGAGUCACCAGUUGCAAAGGGAGGAUCUGUGGGUGCGAGAAGGGAAGAUCCUCAACCCAGAGAAGCUGUUCUUUGAUGAGAAGGGAUCUGCUGAUAUUCAGCUGAAUUGUAAGGACAGCAUCAUCGCCCCCGGAUUCAUUGAUGUGCAGAUUAAUGGGGGCUUUGGGGUGGAUUUCUCCUUGGCCACGGAUGAUGUCCAAUCAGGGAUCUCUCUGGUGAGUCAGAAGAUUCUCUCCCAUGGUGUGACCUCCUUCUGCCCAACCCUGGUGACCUCCCCACCAUCCGUCUAUCACAAGGUUCUUCCUCAGAUCAACGUAAGAAAUGGAGGGCCUCAUGGGGCUGGUAUCCUGGGAGCCCAUCUGGAGGGGCCUUUCAUAAGCAAGGAGAAGAAGGGGGCGCACCCAGAGCACUACCUCAGCACCUUCGAUUCGGGAGCUUUCCAGGAUCUGCUUGCCACCUACAGGCACCUGGACUGUGUCCGGAUCGUCACCCUGGCCCCUGAGAUGAAGAGGAGCAGUGAGGUGAUCCAGGAACUCACCAGACGGGGCAUCUGUGUCUCGCUGGGGCAUUCUGUGGCUAAUCUGUCUCAGGCAGAGGAAGCUGUCCGGCAUGGUGCUACUUUUAUCACCCAUCUGUUCAAUGCCAUGUUACCUUUCCACCAUCGCGACCCUGGGAUCGUGGGGCUGUUGACGAGUGACCAGAUUCCUGCCAGGCGGAGGGUAUUCUAUGGCAUGAUAUCAGAUGGGAUCCACACCAACCCUGCGGCUCUGAGAAUUGCUCAUCGAGCGCACCCCAAAGGCCUGGUGCUGGUGACGGACGCCAUUGCUGGAAUGGGGCUGGCCCCGGGAAGGCACACCCUGGGCCAGCAGGUGGUUGAGGUGGACGGGCUGAACACAUACAUUUCAGGGACAAAGACGCUGAGUGGCAGUGUAGCAACCAUGGACUCCUGUGUUCGGCACUUCCUGGAAGCCACAGGAUGCACUGUGGAGACAGCCCUGGAGGCAGCAUCCCUCCACCCUGCCCAGCUCCUGGGAAUUGAGCACCGAAAGGGGAUGCUGAACUAUGACAACGAUGCAGAUUUCCUGCUGCUGGACAACAGCCUACACGUGCGAGCCACAUACAUCGCAGGUGAACAGGUCUGGAGUCAAGACACCUUCAGUAUAUGAAACCAGAGACUCAGCUGGGACUGGCAGCGCUCCUGCAACCCUGGUGCCAACUACCAGCUCCCCCAAGUGCCAUGCUCAGUGAUCACUGGCAGCCGCAUUGUUCUCUCCCUCUCAAAGAAAGCUUUAAGACCUUGGCGUUUCUUCCUCCUGGGUCACCCUUGAAAGUACCAAAGAGCUGCAUGUCCCAGAGCAGCCCUUGCUUUCAGUUGCCAGCCCUGCCUGCAAUGAGUUCAUCAGCUCUCUGCUAGACAAGAGGUAAGAGUGGGUGGAGCUCUGCUGCUAGGAUCACUCUAUGAUAGAGCUACCUGAAGGAUGAGGUGCCUAUCUGUGUCUGUCCUCUCCAGAGCACUGCAUUUGAGCCCUGCUGUAGAGGAUAGGGAAGCUGCUCCAUGCACUGUUCUGUGUCUAUACGUGACCACAUAGGCCUGUGUGUCUAUCACUGCAGACACACAUCGCUAACUUCACUUCCCAGAGUAGGCCUCUGGCUGUGCCCUUUGUCUCUCACCAUAGGGCCUCUUAGUGCCAGUGUGACUUCCUAAUGUUCAUCUGCCCAUUUUCUAAAGAAAUCCCAGUGGCCUUGAAGCAGCUCUGGUGACAGCCUGCAAUCUGUCUGGGAGCCUGUGGAGGGGGUGACUUCUCUAUGUGGCACUAUCAGCCAAGGGCCGCAAGUUCAUGUCGCACCCUUGAUCUCCUGUACCCGGAAGCACAGUACUCACCGCCUUGCUCAGGCUGUGGGCAGCCCUAGUGCCUUGUGUUGCUCCCUGGGGUGAGACCCUCACCGCCAACUUUUCUCCUGGGCUGAAUCCUCAGGGCUGUGUACAAACCCAAGAAAAGCAGGAGCUGCUGGCUCCUCAUGCUAUCUUGCCGCUUUGGCAGUGAGUUUGUCUGCUGGGUGCAUGGACUUAAUUCUGCAACAGAAAGCAAUGUUGGUCUUGAACUAGAUACACAUGCAAAGUGGGUCUUACAGGCUCUAGUAUAUAUUCCCAUCUGUAUUAAACUAAUAUGGCUGGAGAGCUUCCCGAGGAUUCCACACAGCUUGCUGAUCUGUUACUUUGGGCAUGGCUAUACUGGAAACUUCAAAGCGCCCCCACGGGAAUGCUCCCACGGCAGCACUUUGAAGUGCGAGUGUGGUCAUGCACGAGCGCUGGGAGAGAGCUCGCCCAGCACUCCUGGUAAUCCACCUUCGAGGAGGGAGCACGUCUACACUAGCGCUUUAAAGCGCUCAGACGGCUGAUUUUUCACACCCCUGAGCCAUCAAGUUAGAGCGCUAUAAAAUGUAAGAGUAGACAAGCCCUACGCGUCAGUGAUGAGGUCAGAUGCUUUUGCUGUAGGGAAUGUAUCCAAAACGGCAGUGAUGUAACUGGACACCAUUCCAUCUUGAGGUGUGGGGUUCUCUCCUCACUAGAAGCUCUGCAUGGGAUUAGAUUGUUGCUUAUCUGCUCAUUCUCAUAAUUACCUUCACUUGAUGUGUCAGUUAGCUUUCUGCCUCUGUUAGGAGGCUGAGAGAGUUUCCAUUCUAAACCUGAUCUUGAUUAUGAACUUACCACCAAGAAAAUGUGUCUGAAAUGCCCCCUCAUAGGUAGAGGAGACUGUGUCUGUCUGAUUGACCUGAAGCAUUUCAAUGAUGGGACUUAAAAACUUGUGGUGCAUCUUAGCAAGUUUCAAGUUCAUAAAGAAACCUUAAAUCUGGUAGGAUUUAGUUAAUUUGUUCUUCCUUGCCAUACCUUUUUAUAAGUUCACUGAAAACAAUAUCUGAAUGAGGCCUCAUUGUAGUUGUAACCCCUGCUGGCAUCACUGGUCUCCUCAGAGAAUUUCUAACAUCUGCUGCCAAAUCAGCAGAUACUCUGACCCUCCCAGGCUGCAACAUUUGAAGGAGAUGUCAAAUGUGCAAGCAUGUGCAGCACUCUGGGGUUCCACACCUCACCAGUGGCACUUCUGACUGCCAUGGGGCCUCUGUAUAAAACUGGAGGAAAUAUCACGACAAAGAAGUUUGAUAGACCCUAAUUUUGAGAAUGGUUUACUUUUUUUAAUUGAAUAAAUGUUAUAGAUUUAAGUGCUCAAA